GCUCCUGCGCCCCCGGCCGGCUCGGGCACACUAAGGAAGGGUGCGAGGGAGAGGGAACUUGGGGCGGAGGGGUGGGCAGCUAGGGCGAGGGAAGGUGGGGAAGAGUGGUGGGUAAGGGGAGGGCUUUGGAGGCGGAGAAGCGGGGAGAGGGCACGGCGGAGGGGGCGGCUGGCACAGCGGGAGCUGGGCGUCUCGCUGCUGCGUGGACCGGCUCGGAGACCCGAUGCCACCGCUGCCGCCUCGCAGCCCAGGGCUGAGCCGCCCGGGCUGAGCAGCCGCCGGAGCCGGGAGCCCAGCGGCCGCGCGGGAGGAUGGGCUGCGGCGGGAGCCGGGCGGAUGCCAUCGAGCCCCGCUACUAUGAGAGCUGGACCCGGGAGACCGAGUCCACCUGGCUCACCUACACUGAUUCGGACACGCCGCCCAGCAACGCCGCCCCCGACAGCAGCCCCGAGGCGGGCGGCCUGCACGCGGGUGUGCUGGAAGAUGGGCUGUCCUCCAAUGGUGUGCCCCGUUCUACAGCCUCAAGUGGAAUAUCCAACCCAGAGAAGAAGAUGAGCUGUGGGACCCAAUGCUCAAAUCCCCAAAGCCUCAGCUCAGGCCCUCUGACCCAGAAGCAGAAUGGCCUUCGAACCACGGAGGCUAAAAGAGAUGCUAAGCGAAUGUCAGCAAAAGAAGUUACCAUUAAUGUUACAGACAACAUCCGACAGGUGGACAGAAGUCGAAGAAUCACAAAGAACUGCGUCAACUAGCAGAGUGUUUAACUAGAAGUGCAGAUGGGCUCCUUUGGUGCCCGUCACAUACUGGAUACCACCAAGGAAACUUGAAGAAGCGGAUGCCCCUGGCUGAACGUGAGCACUGCUGAGUGCCUUGAGAAACAGUCUUACGGGCAGUCAACGGCUGCCUGAGCUGUUGGGACAUUCUCAGCCUCCUAUUUUUCACAUAAAUGUAUUAGCAGCAGUACUAACAUAUGGUAAUAAAUGACACAUGUGCAGUUCAGUUUGCCUCUUUGCAACUCCUGCAAUUUGGUCUGAGGUAAAAGUGGUGAGCUAAAGUCACAGGCCAGUUUAUGAAACAGAGAAAAUAGAAGGGAUGAGUUCCCAGGGUGAAAGAGGCCCACGUCCGCUCUCUGCUCUCCUGGCCACAGUAGUGUGCACGGUUUCAGGCAAGCUUAUUCUUUAGUUCUUUCUUUUUAAUAUCACCAUUACAAAGCUUACUACGUUCGCUUAAAAGUUGGCUUUCACCCAACUCUAAAUCCAGACAUAUAACAAAUCAAGAAGCAGGGAAAUUCCCUGUUAUUUUUAUUUCCUGGGCUCAGUAUGAGACAGGUUCAGAUCGAAUUUCAUACAUACUCACCCCACCAAUACCUCUAAGACACGCUGUGUCUCUAUGAUGCCAUCACAUCCGUUCCUCAUCUGCCUCCGACGUCUCCCCACGUGUCCAUGUCAGCCUCUGAACAGCCACGUCACAGUCAUGGUCAAUGCAGCCUGUGUUUCAUAGCUUUCCAGGUCUUUUUGCUUGUGUUCUUCAGUGUUUUCUCUCUCCAGUCGGGUCAUUUGCAAGUGUUAAUCACAGACUGGACAUUGCUCACAAGAUGGAGAUAAUCCAGAACACGUCGGCAGCCCACACAGCUUCCCUUACCCUCUCUGUACACAGUCCCAGGACUAUGUCAUUUUGGUAUCUGCAAAGGAAUCGCUUGAAAAAGCCAGUACCUGGUGGACAUGCGUUCACAUUGAUGUGGGUUGACCCUACUGUGUUAGAAAUCAGGUAGCUGAUGCAUAAAAAUAUAAUAAUAAAUGUUAAGAAUAAAACUUUCUGGCAUUUCUUUGAACAUGUUAAGGUGGAAGUAUUUCCCUCCAAAGUAAUGUAUCAUGAUUUUUAAAGGACUGUUAACAUGCCUGGGCCUGGGAAAGGUAGGACUAAAGUUGUACCAAGGGGUACCAAUAAACUCCAUGUUUAGCAGAACUAGGCAGCCUGAUGGUGUGUGUUUGUAUAACAUAGUCCAGAGAAUUGACAUCAGCUGGUUGCAAUUCAGAUACUUGGCAUCCUUACCUGCCAACUCUGUCACUCCUCAAACACAGCUGGCAGUGUCCCUCCCUCCCUCCCUCCCUCCCUUCUUUCCUCCCUCCCUCCCUCCCACCCUUCCUUUCCUUUUUGCUUCCUUCCUUUCUUCAGUAUAUUUAUUCAUUAAACAUUAAAUGCCAACCCUGUGUCAGGUGCGAUGCAGAUGCUGAGAGAUCUACAGUCGAGCCAGUCCUGAUUGCAUGUCCGGAAUCUGACAGUGGACUUAACAACCAGGAGACUGGCUGAAACACUGAGGUGUCGUGUGUGUUGUGAAUUGUCCUGCAGUGUAAUCUCACUUUUAUACUCAGGACAGGUUUCUGUCUUAAACUCCAGACCUGGGUCUUCUCCUAAUCACGGUUUAAGACUUCACCAUACACAGAACUACAGUGUUUCCAAACCUCUAUUAUUUUGUGAUUCUUUGAGAAAGGGUUUCUCAGGAACUUCAUGUUUUGAAAUUAAAUAAAUAAAUAAAUAAAGUAAAAUAAAAGCAAAACCAGUGACCCCUUUGUCCCCACUUGCAUUACCCAGCAGGAGCCCCCGUCAGCCAAGGUGGGUGUUGCUCCUGCAAGUUCAAGGGCUUACUCUUCUAGGGCACAUGCAUUGCGUUUUUGUGUAGGGUGUUCUUUCACCAGUCACUGCUGUCAGCCACGGACUAAGCCUAGUUUCUCUUUACAAUCUUGUUUUUCAUCACUUGACCGCUGCAUGUUGUUUGAAAUUUAUCAACUUGAAAGGAUGUCUCUGUUUUACAUAGAAACAGUUUCUCACUUCUGGGAGUAGAAGGGAAUGAAGGGCAUAUAUGAUCUCUCCCUCUCCAGAACACUCUGGAUUUUACCAAGACAGUGAUCAGAGGUUAAAUGAUGCUACUGGAAAUUCAACUGGCAAUUUUUUCAUGUGUGUAUGUUAUAGGAAUUGAUUCUUACUAUCCUCUUAGCAUAAUGCUUUCUAUUGCAAAGUUUGUGUCAAUAAAGUCAUCUGUUUCA